AUGACAUCAAUGUAUAAAAAUCUUGUUUAAAAGAAAAUAAUCUAGAAGAUUAAUAUUAGUUAAUAAAUAUUUCCCACAUUAAAUAUUUUUUGAAGUAUUACUUUUUUUGAAUUCCACAAUACAUGAUAACAACUGGUAAGACGGUAAAAAUUAUUUGAGAUGGAAAAUCAAAGAGAAAAGAUUUAUACAUGAUAAAAAUUUAAAUGAAGAUUAGAAUAAAACUAAAACAGAGGGUAUAUCAAGUAAUUUGAUAAAUUAAAUUAUAUUGUCGAAUUUUGAUAUAAGAAAGAUGAUACAUAAGUAAUAGAAAAAAAUAAUAAUUUAGAUUAACCAUGCUUUAACAUAAGAGGAUCAAAAAAUUAACAGAUUAUUAAGAGAAAAUAACAUCAAAAAUACAAAUCUAAGCUUAUUAUACAGGACAUAGAGUAAGGAAGAGAAAGAUAUAGAAAGAAAGUAAGUAAAUAGAAUUUGUAUACUUGAAGUGUGAUAAGAGAAGGAUAAAAAUAAAAUAAAAGAGAGAGAAAAUAAUUUAGAACUUAUAGAAUUACCUGAAGUAGAUAUGGUUGAUGGAAGCAGGUACAAAGGAUAAUGGAUGAAAGGAUAG